AUGACGGAAGAAAUGUGCACAUCCUAUGAAGAUGAAGGUGACAGAGCAAAGAUAGGAGGGCUAAACGAUGGAAAAGGAAAACCUGAUCUAGUAGCCAAACCACGAGGCUUCUCUGCCAAAUAUGAAGACAGCGACUGUGCACGCUGCAGCGUCAAACGUUAUCUGACGCGGGAAAAGGCCGUGUCCUUGAGGAACGCGGUCAAGUCAUCGUGCCCCCGAGCACCAGCGCGGCAUCGCAAUGGUCAGGGAGAUCCCAGUUCAUUCACCCACAAAUGGAUGGGAGUUCAUCCGUUAGACUAUGCUGUGCGUUCUGCUCUUACUUCACCUCUAAUUGAUGGCCAGCAGGAGGGACUCCAUCCAGCCUGCUGCAUUUUCCUGAAGAGGCUGGAAGUAGCUGUCAGAAAUGGAGAAACCAGAUACAACAAAGACAAGAUACUGCAAGGUCAAGGAGUGGAUGAGCCGCUCUCUGCAACUGGUUUCAGACAAGCAGAUGCUGCUGGUUUAUUUCUCAGUAAUGUGAAGUUUACUCAUGUCUUUUCAAGUGACCUUCUUCGAGCAAAGCAGACUGCUGCCACAAUUCUAGGAAAAAAUAAGUUUUGCAAAGAUUUGGAAAUCAAGUAUGAUGCGAGACUUCGAGAGAGAAAAUACGGUGUUGCAGAAGGAAGGCCUUUGACUGACCUCAAGGCUAUGGCAAAGGCUGCUGGAGAGCAAUGUCCUUCAUUCACGCCUUCUGGAGGAGAAACACUGGAUGAAGUAAGAGAACGUGCAAGGAAUUUUUUUGAAUUUCUGUGUCAGCUAGCUGUUGAAUUGGAACAGAAAGAACAAGGCAUGCAUGGUGCGGCAAGCAGCAGCUCAGGAACAUCUGAAGAACAGUUAGUUUUUCCUUGGACAAACCACUGCAGUGAAGCAGAACUUAGUUCUGAUAAUGGUGGAGCUUCUAAAGUAUUAGAUGCCAAUAUAUUAGUGGUGAGUCAUGGAGCCUACAUGAGGAACUGGAUCGGUUACUUUGUUUCAGAUCUCAACUGUACUUUACCAACAAAUUUAACAAAGUCUCAGUUGUCUUCUGUCAGUCCCAACACAGGAGUUAGUCAUUUUAUUAUAAAACUUGAAAAUGGAAAUUUGUUAAAACCUGAAAUCACAUGUGUUUGUCUUAAUCAAGACUCUCACUUAGUGGAUGUGGGAGCUGAUUGUGUAGCUCCAAAAGUAUUUUAAGAGCCUUUGUAGGGGGAAGUGGGUUUAGAUCGCUAUUAUACUAAGCUUGGGAAGGGUAUCUGUAGUAAUUACUGAGA